AUGACCGGCCCCUCAAACGACGAGGCUGCCCGCCAUACGGCGCUCCUCCUCUCAACAACAUCCCCGGUGCCGUGGUACAAGCAACCGCACCUGCUCAAGCUCAACUUCUCCGUGGUGUCUCUUGUCCUGUUGUCCAGUGCAAUAGGCUACGAUAGUUCGAUGACUAACGGCCUGCUCGCACUUCCUACCUGGAACGCGUUCAUGGAGUACCCAACGGGAGCAUGGCUCGGCUUCAUCAACUGCAUCUACAUCAUUGGCAUUCUCGUCACAUUGCCCGUCUGCCCUUUAGUCGCCAACAGAUACGGGCGCAAAAUGGGCAUCUGGAUUGGCUUUGGUUUCCUAUCUCUAGGCGUAGGCCUGCAGGCAGGGGCCCAGAACGCACCCACAUUCAUCCUGGGGCGCUUUUUCCUGGGAGUCAACACUGGAUGGUAUGCGACUGCAACGCCUCUUCUCAUCACUGAGGUUGCAUAUCCUCCUCAUCGCGGAAUUGCCAGCUCUCUCUACAACUGCGGUUGGUACGCUGGGGCGGUCGUCGCAGCCUGGGUAACCUUCGGCACCCGCAACGACCCUACCAGCUGGUCCUGGCGUAUUCCUUCGGUUUUGCAGACUCUGCUGCCCAUUAUAGCGCUGCCCGGCUUCAUCCUCUGCCCUGAGAGCCCCCGUUGGCUUGUAUCCGUCCACCGCCAGUCCGAUGCCCGCGCUGUACUUGCCAGCGCCCACGCCGGCGGCGAUCUGUCAUCGCCUCUUGUCGAGCUGGAAGCGAUCGAGAUCCAAACAGCUAUAGAAGAGGAGUUGGCCGCCCACAAGUCGACGAGCUACCUCCAACUGUUUAGAGGCAAGGGCAACCGUCACCGCUUGCUAAUUUCUGUCACCCUAGGCUUCUUUGCGCAGUGGACUGGUGGCGGCGUCGUCAGCUACUACCUCGCGAUAGUGUUGCAGACGGUGGGCAUUACUUCUGUCACCCACCAGACCUUGAUCUCGGCAUGCUUGCAGAUUUGGAAUUUGAUCUUCGCUUCUGGAGCUGCGUUUUCCGUCGACAAGUUGGGGCGCAGAACGCUAUUCCUGGCCUCAGGAGCGAUCAUGCUGGUUGCCUAUGUGAUUGUGACAGCGCUUUCGGGUUCCUUUGCGCAAACUGGAAGCAGCGCGACUGGAUUGGCCGUGAUUCCGUUCUUGUUCAUCUACUACGCCGGUUAUGAUAUUGCGCUGACGCCGCUGCUCUACUCUUAUCCCUGCGAGAUCUGGCCCUAUGCCAUUCGGUCUCGCGGAUUGACUAGUGCUGUCUGGUUCUCUAUGCUCUCGUUGACUUUCAACAUUUUUGUCAACCCAAUUGCCCUGGAGGCUCUUGGGUGGAAGUACUACAUCGUUUUCGUUGCCAUCCUCAUCGCGAUGAACGUCGUUGUCUACUUCUUCUAUCCCGAGACCAAAGGGUAUACGCUUGAGCAAGUCGCUCUUCUGUUCGACGGUGAACAGGCUCAACAGGCGGCUGCGGCAUUGGACAAGGCGGAGAAGGAUCUGGGUCUGGUAGGGGCAGAGAAGGAGAUGGUCGGCUCUAAAGCUGAGCAUGUUGGGUGAUGGCAGGGCUUUGGCUCCGAUUCCCGUCGCUGCCCAGCAGCAAGCAGACUGUCUAUGGCGAGACUACAAACUGCUCUGCCUUUGCAGCAUUCGACGAACGCUGCAGGAGGGAGCCUGCUGUUCGCCACGACUUGAGAACCUUCCGGCAGUGCCGUAUAGGUAUUUGCUCCCAAUACCUCAGCGGCUAUUGCAGGACCAGGUUAGAGUCUGAUUGAAAACGCGCCUGAAUAUACU